UCGCUCGCUCCCAGGCACGCACGCGGCCGAGAGAGAGAGAGAGAUUCAUUUCAGAGAUUCAACAAUACAAACUUCUCCGUCUCUACUUCUUGUUCGUCUUCGUCUUCUUCUUCGUCUCUUCAACCGCGCUUGCAGAGCUUUCUACGCCGAGAAUUCCGGCUUCCAUUCCGUUAACUUCACCUCCCCCGUUCGUCGGCGGAACUGCCCGAGGUUCUUCAAUCGCGGCUUCGGUCAUGGAGCCUCUCUCUCCCGUGUCCCCUUCCAUCGUCCUCCCUCCUCCGAGCAACUCGCUCCGGCUCCAGCGGCCGCGGCGGCUUGCCGCCUCCCGCGCGGCCCACGGCGGCUUCCGUCCCCGCCGCGCCCCGCGCUUCCUCGUCCCGCGCUCUCCGGUGCCCUGCCGGUGGGGAUUCGCGGAGCUCUGCUGCGGAUCGCGCGGGAAGAACGUGGGAGGAGAGGAAGACGACGGGAGCGACGAGGUGGAGAGGGCGAUGCGGAUGGACGGGAGCAUUCCGGGGACUUCCGACGAGUUCGUGAAGAGAGUGUCUUCUCGUGCUUACGACAUGCGCAGGCACCUCCACCAGUCCUUUGAGACCAGCAGCUAUGAUGUGUUGGAGGCAAAUCCAUGGAGAGACCCUUCAAAGCCUGUGUAUGUAUUGACUCAUGGUGAAAACCAAUUGUGCACAAUGAAAACACGAAGAGAUCGCAGUGAAGUUGAGAAAGAACUUGGAUUACUGUUCUCCAAAGCUGGAAAAUGGAGUUCCAGUUCUGGAAGUCAGUCUAAGCAGCCAAGGAGCGGGACAAAGUUCCAGAUGCUUGUUGAGGAUAUCCGGGAUGGAGUUCUUGUCUUUGAAGAUGAGAAUGAAGCUGCAAAAUAUUGCGACUUAUUGCAGGGAAGAGGUCAAGGUUGUGAAGGUGUUGCCGAGAUAGACGCCUCAUCGGUGUUUGAUCUAUGCCGCAAGAUGAGGGCUCUCGCAGUUUUGUUUCGUAGGGGAAGAACACCACCUCUACCCCAAAGCCUUGAGCUUAACUUGAAGGCCAAGAAGCGGUCCCUUGAAGAUGAAGAAGGCUCGGCUUGAUGCUACGUAUGCUCCAACAUCAUCUGAAAAGAUCACAGAUAACUGUCCUUUAAAGGAAGUUGUCCAAGGGUUUUAAAGCUGACUGUAUCUACCAGUUUACUGCAACGCUCUUGUAGCGUAAUAGUUGGUAAGUAUAGGUUGUUUACAUCUCCCUUUUCGACACUUCCGCAUGGGUGGCUUGACAGGAAUAUGUCGGAGAUAUUGAUGUCGAUCGCGUUCACGUAUAGUACACACUGUUCAAUGCAAAGGCCAAAUUACAAA